CAGAGUUGAAGUUCCCCGAAGCCAAAUUUCACAUUUAUUUUCACAUAGAACCCUAAUCUCCAUUUCUCCCUGUACAAGCUUAUACACACACUAAAACACACACACACAACAAAAAUGGUGAAGGUACGGAUGAACACGGCUGACGUGGCAGCUGAGGUCAAGUGUUUGCGACGAUUAAUCGGAAUGCGUUGCUCUAAUGUCUACGAUUUGUCUCCCAAGACAUAUGUGUUUAAGCUUAUGAAUAGCAGUGGUCAGACUGAAUCUGGAGAGAGCGAGAAAGUUUUGUUGUUGAUGGAAAGCGGUGUUAGGUUGCAUACUACUGAAUAUAUACGGGACAAAAGCAAUACUCCGUCUGGCUACACACUUAAACUGAGGAAGCAUAUCAGGACUAGAAGGCUCGAGGAUGUGCGGCAACUUGGAUAUGAUAGGAUAGUUCUCUUUCAAUUUGGACUGGGUGCUAAUGCGCAUUACGUUAUAUUAGAGCUAUAUGCCCAAGGAAAUAUAAUUCUCACUGACUCCGAUUUCAUGGUCAUGACCCUUCUCCGGUCACACAGGGAUGAUGACAAAGGAUUGGCCAUCAUGUCACGACACCAGUAUCCGUUAGACAUGUGUAGAGUUUUUGAGAGGACUACGAGCGAAAAGGUACAGGAUGCCCUUGCAUCUAAAAGGGAACAUGAAAACAGUUUAAACGCGCAAGUUACUGAAGUGGGGGAUAAUGUUUCUGAUGUACCUAAAGGUAAGCAAAACCGAAAGAAUACUAAGUCUACUGAUUCUAGUAAAGCAAAAACUGGUGCCAGUUCCAAGCAACUGACCUUAAAGGUUGCACUUGGGGAAGCACUGGGUUAUGGGCCGGGAAUAUUAGAACAUAUUAUUCUGGAUGCUGGCUUGGCUCCAAAUUUAAAGCUCACAAAGGAUUUCGAACUAGACAAUACUGUUCUUCCUGCUCUGUUAAAAGCUAUUGACAAGUUUGAGGGCUGGCUUGAGGACGUUAUAAAAGGAGAUAAGAUCCCAGAAGGAUACAUCUUAAUGCAGCGGAAAGAUUUGGGGAAGGACUCUAGUAAUUCUGAAACGCAAAGCUCUAAUCAGAUCUACGAUGAAUUCUGCCCGUUAAUGUUGAACCAGUUCAAGUCUAGGGAUUCUCUGAAGUUUGAGACGUUUGAUGCAUCACUGGAUGAAUUCUACAGUAAAAUCGAGUCUCAAAGGUCUGAACAACAACAAAAGGCGAAAGAGAGCUCUGCAAUGCAAAAACUUAACAAGAUACGCACUGAUCAGGAAAAUCGUGUGCAUAUAUUGAAACGAGAAGUUGAUAAUAGCAUUAAAAUGGCGGAACUGAUAGAGUACAACUUAGAAGAUGUUGAUAAUGCUAUAUUAGCUGUUCGUGCUGCUCUAGCAAAUGGUAUGACUUGGGAAGAUCUAGCUCGUAUGGUCAAAGAGGAGAAAAAAUCCGGGAAUCCUGUGGCUGGCCUCAUUGACAAGCUCUACCUUGAAAAGAAUUGCAUGACGCUUCUUUUGAGUAAUAAUCUUGAUGAAAUGGAUGAUGACGAAAAGACACAACCUGCGGAUAAGGUUGAAGUUGACCUGGCACUUUCAGCUUAUGCUAAUGCACGACGCUGGUACGAAAUGAAGAAAAAACAGGAAAGCAAGCAGGAAAAGACAGUCUCAGCUCAUGAAAAAGCAUUCAAAGCUGCUGAGAGAAAGACCCGAUUCCAGCUUUCGCAGGAAAAAACUGUUGCUGCAAUAACACAUAUGCGCAAAGUUCACUGGUUUGAAAAAUUUAACUGGUUUAUCAGCAGUGAGAAUUAUUUGGUUAUCAGUGGACGAGAUGCUCAACAAAAUGAGAUGAUAGUCAAGCGUUAUAUGUCAAAAGGAGAUUUGUAUGUCCAUGCAGAACUUCAUGGAGCUUCUAGCACCAUAAUUAAAAACCAUAAGCCGGAAAAUCCUGUGCCGCCUCUUACAUUAAAUCAAGCUGGAUGCUUCACUGUCUGCCACAGCCAGGCUUGGGAUUCCAAGAUUGUGACAAGUGCUUGGUGGGUUUAUCCUCACCAGGUUAGUAAAACUGCUCCUACCGGAGAAUAUCUUACAGUUGGAAGUUUCAUGAUUCGGGGGAAGAAGAAUUUUCUUCCUCCACACCCUCUUGUCAUGGGAUUUGGGAUGUUAUUCCGUUUGGAUGAAAGUUCUUUGGGGUCUCACUUGAAUGAAAGGAGGAUAAGGGGUGAAGAGGAGGGAUUAAAUGAAAAGGAAGAAAGUGAGCAAUUUAAAGAAUUGUCAGACUCCGAGUCUGAGGAAAAAGUUCCAGAGAAGAAGCAUGAUCCGCCAUCUGGAAGUACUCCAGAGUUGACAAGAGAAGAACCGAAACUUGAAACAUUAUCUACUGUGGAAACCAGCGCUACUUUGUAUGACAAGCAUACUGGGUCCGAAACUUCUGGAACAACUGUUAAUUCUGUUACCCCGCAACUCGAGGAUCUUAUAGACAGAGCUCUGGAGCUUGGGCCUGCUUCUGCAUCUGCUAAAACUUAUGGAUUCCAAGGUUCUCAAGAAGAAACUGCACAAGAAAAUCUUGAAGACGGAAAAAAUGCACAAAGAGAAAAGCCUUAUGUCUCCAAAGCCGAGAGGAGAAAGCAGAAGAAAGGCCAGAAAAGUGAUAGCGUUAAUGGGUCUGUUGAUCAUGGAAAAGAACAGGAUGUUGAAAAUAAUAGUGAUACAAGAAGUGAGUCUGACAAACAGAAUCAAUUAUCAAAACCAGGUGGUGGUGGAAAAUUGAGCCGUGGGCAGAAGGGUAAACUGAAGAAGAUGAAGGAAAAGUAUGCAGAUCAAGAUGAGGAGGAAAGGAGAAUUCGAAUGGCUUUACUAGCUUCUGCUGGAAAAGUACAAACUAGCGUUGAGCCUAAGCCUCAAGCAGUGGCAGCUGUGGCAAAACCGGUUACUGGCCCUGAAGAUUCGGCAAAGAUAUGCUAUAAAUGUAAAAAGGCAGGUCAUCUGUCUCGCGAUUGUCAAGAGCAUCCGGAUGAAGCUGUGCAGAGUCGUGGAAGUACUGGACCCCAGAACAAUUCCAACAUAGUAGAUAUAGGUGGUAAUGAGAUGGAUAGGAUAGCCAUGGAAGAGGACGAUAUACACGAGAUUGGUGAAGAAGAGAAAGAGAAAUUGAAUGAUGUGGAUUAUUUGACAGGAAAUCCAUUGCCCACUGACAUUCUAUUGUACGCUGUGCCUGUCUGUGGCCCUUAUAAUGCACUGCAAUCAUACAAAUAUAGAGUCAAGAUAAUCCCAGGCACAGCAAAGAGAGGGAAAGCUGCCAAGAUGUCUAUGAACUUGUUCAGUCACAUGCCUGAUGCGACACAGAGAGAGAAGGAACUGAUGAAAGCAUGUACAGAUCCUGAGCUUGUUGCUGCAAUCAUUGGCAAUGUCAAAGUGUCUGCGACAGGCCUCAGUCAGCUGAAGCAGAAAGAAAAGAAGGGAAAAAAAGCUAGCAGACAAAAGAAUUAAUGAGUUCCAAGUCCGGUAAGGUUCAGCUAAAAAAAGAUGUCCCGAGAGUUCUUUAGUUUAGACAUCAAAAGAAUACUAGGCUCAUCCUUGCUGGUCAGUUGACUUUUGAUUGGGUACCUCACUUGUUCCACAGUUGGAAGAUAUUUGAAUCGAAAAUUUUGUGAAGUUGAUCACUACUUGAAUGGCCUGCUAUUAGUUCUUGUUGAAUCUAAUUAUAUAUAGAAAAAAAAUUGUAGAAAAAAGAAUUUUUGAUAUGUGAAAUACAACAGAUAUUGUAAAUUUGACAAAUUGUUUGUAUGUACUGAUACGGAAAGGUAAAUGAGAACAAAGGGUGUUUUUCA